GAAAUUUAAGUGCAAAUUGUAAAGUGAGAAACAAAAGAAAGUUGAUUUUAAGUGAAAUUUUAUUGUGAAACAUAAAAAGAAGAAUAAGCGGAAAAUAUUAAACCAAGUUUUAAGGCAUAAGUUUAACAAGUGUUUAACAAAGAAAGUUAUUUCUGACCUAACAACAGCAACGACAACAACAACAACAACAAAGAGAAAUUACCAUACAAACAGGCAAACCCCUAAAGAAAUUUUCGGAAUACUUUCCAAACAACUUUUGGUCGUUAGAGCUUUACAGGCAUCGAAACUCUUCAUCAUCAUCGUCAUCAUCAUCAUCAUCGUUGUCGUCUUCAUCUUAUAUUACAAACAAAUUCCAUCCAUAUGCAACGUAGAAACGCGUAAAAACAACCGCAUAUACAUAUGCUGCGAUAAUUCACCAUUAAUUUCAUGAGAGGAUGUCAAUGCAAAAUCUAACCAAUGCCAGUAAUUCCGGUUAUACGAGUAUUAGCUCUGAAGAAACCGAUUCUCUCCUAGUUUCGAAUACAAACAAAUGCAAGUCUUCGGUCUUGAGACAAAUCAAAAUGAAUUCAGCCAAUGGACCAACAACGAAUAACAUGACUUCCACAGCAUCAACACAGAAGCCUACAUUGAUGCGGCAGGAUCGCACUUCCACAUAUCUGACGAGCCCACAGUUGUCGCAACAAACACGCCAUGGUUCCGACGAGAGUGAUCGCGAUGGCAGCGGCGGCGGUGGUGGCGGUGGCAGUGGCGGCAAUGUUGUCAGCGGUAGAAUUGUAUCGGACGAAGAUGUCGAACAGGGUCUGCGCCCAGCCACAGUGCCUGACAUUGAAGUGUACCAAGAGGACCAAGAUUAUACCAGCCAACAGCAUCAUCCGAAUCAUCACCAGACGCAGCAACAAUUGUCAUCGUCUGCCCCCACCACAUCCAUGCAAACAUCAAUGUCACAACAACAACAACAACAGCAGCAGCAGCAGCAUCAUUCACAACAGCCGCAUAAGCUGCAGCAUCAGCAACAACCGACCAUAUCAAUAACGAAUUUAAACAACUCGUAUCAAGACACCGCCACCACCAACUUGGGAACAUCCUCAUAUCAGAAUCUCUCCUCCAAUCCAUUGUCUCCGAGUGCCCAAAAUCGUUGCCGGGCCUGCAGAAACUGCAGUCGGCGUGCCUCAACCACACCCAUAUCGACCACAGGUCAAAUGGAUCGUUCAACUUCACGUGAUAGCGUCAAAAGUGCCUUUCAACAAGGAAAUCUGGGUGGUUCCCUGGUCGUCUAUGGCGGCUCCAACAAUGCCCUGCCCCACAAUGUGCCCCCCGUGCUGGUCACCUCAUCGCCCACAAAUGGUUCGCGCAUCAUACGCCAAAGCUCCCAGCCCGAGUCGAGCAGCAGUGCUGUAUGUUGUGGAGCCCACAGCACCUGUGGCCAUUCGCACACCGUACCCAAUGUCUCUCUGAAACAGUUGCGCUCCACAGAUACAGAUGGAAUAGCCGGUAUAGCUGCCGAUUCGCUACGAAUCAAUGGGGGCAUGAGACCCUUCAAGCAGGGUGUCCUACUAAUGCCUCGUACAUUGUCCGAUAGCCGAAAACUGCGACUUAGAAGAGCUUUUACAGAGGCCACUCACGAAUCACUGCAAUGCUCGAAAAUGCUCCGCAAACCAGCAUCCACUCUCUCAAUUCCUGGCUCGAUGAAAACACCUUCCAUUGCGAAUCGGGAACAGAUCUCAUCAGGAUGCAACGAAGAAGCAGCAGAGGCGUUAGUUGGCAUAAAUACCGACUACCCAAGGUAUGAAAUGUAUAUGGAGGAACGUGCUUUAACUGGCGGUAAUACAUCCCGGAAGCCCUCAACAAACUCCGCUAAACACAAACCCAAUGUCGGCUAUCGACUGGGGAAACGUAAAGCUUUAUUCGAAAAGCGAAAACGUAUCAGUGAUUACGCUCUAGUCAUGGGCAUGUUUGGGAUUGUUGUGAUGGUUAUCGAGAAUGAAUUAAGCAGCGCUGGUGUUUAUACAAAGGCAUCCUUUUAUUCAACGGCGCUUAAAACAUUAAUAUCGGUUUCGACUGUGAUUCUUUUAGGUCUUAUUAUAGCUUAUCAUGCUUUGGAAGUGCAGGUGAGAUUAUUUAUGAUAGAUAACUGUGCCGACGAUUGGAGAAUCGCUAUGACAUGGCAACGAAUUAGUCAAAUAGGUUUAGAACUUUUUAUAUGUGCUAUACAUCCAAUUCCUGGCGAAUAUUAUUUUCAAUGGACAACAAAAUUGGCGAAUAAGAAUAAAACAAUGGGCACGGAGCUGGUGCCGUACGACGUAGCUUUAUCAUUACCCAUGUUCCUUCGUUUAUAUUUAAUAUGUCGUGUAAUGCUUUUACAUUCAAAACUAUUUACGGAUGCCUCAUCGCGGAGCAUAGGUGCUCUCAAUAGGAUAAAUUUCAAUACGAGGUUUGUCCUUAAAACUCUAAUGACAAUAUGUCCUGGUACGGUGUUACUAGUGUUCAUGGUCUCCCUAUGGAUCAUCGCAUCAUGGACGUUGCGGCAGUGUGAACGGUUUCAUGAUGAAGAACAUGCAAAUCUCUUGAACGCUAUGUGGCUGAUAGCAAUAACAUUUUUAAGUGUUGGUUUUGGUGAUAUUGUACCGAAUACAUACUGUGGACGCGGUAUUGCCGUUAGUACAGGAAUAAUGGGUGCCGGUUGUACGGCUCUUCUAGUGGCGGUCGUAUCCAGAAAAUUGGAAUUGACGCGAGCUGAGAAACAUGUGCACAACUUCAUGAUGGACACUCAGUUAACCAAAAGGCUGAAAAAUGCUGCGGCGAAUGUUCUUCGUGAAACUUGGCUCAUUUACAAACAUACAAGACUAGUAAAACGGGUUAAUCCCGGACGUGUAAGAACCCACCAAAGAAAGUUCCUUCUAGCAAUUUAUGCGUUACGAAAAGUUAAGAUGGAUCAACGCAAACUCAUGGAUAAUGCCAAUACAAUAACCGAUAUGGCCAAGACACAAAAUACGGUGUAUGAAAUAAUAUCGGAUAUGUCCAGUCGACAGGAUGCCAUAGAGGAACGUUUAACAAAUCUAGAGGAUAAAUUGCAGGCCUUACAAGACCAUAUGGAAAGUCUGCCAGAGAUAAUAACACGUUGCCUGAGCCAACAUCAAGAACGUGUGGAACAACGCAAGAAUUUCUUGCAUCCGGAUGCGGCGGCGCAAACACUGCAGCCGCCACACACACCAACGCCCAUGUUCAAUGCGCCCUCAAUGCAGUUUCCACAUUCAAGGCCACAACGCUCAUUCAAACGUUAGAGUGUCCAUCCAGGCACUGAGCUGGCACAAAGUUUAAGUCGUUGAGAUUUCACCAAACCUGGACUAAUAAUGAGGCAAUUAAGGUUAUAACUUAGUAUUAACAUAAUUACUUUAUACGCACAUUCAAUUAUGACGCACAAUAGACUAAAUAAGCAUAUGAACGUUAAGGGUGUUACAUUUCAAAUAAAUUAUUGAGAUAACUAAUAAAAUAGAAUAAGGAAACUUCAAAAAAUUGAUUUACAAAUGAAGCAAUUACUCAUGAAUUGAUGAACACAGUGUUGGUUAUGCAUCACCUCUCUAUGAGUAAGUCUUAAGCGCGAAACCUUUGAGGAAUCACCCAUCCCCCCCCCCCCCCCUACAUUAAAAAGAUUGCAAAAAUGAACUAAGCACCACCUGGCUAUUCUAAUUACAGUAGAUGUCACUUACUUUUAUGUGUAUGAUACAAACUAAACACCAUCUUCGAGGUCACAAAGUAGACAUAGUAAUAUAUAGGGCUAGGUUAGGUUAUGUUGAGUGCCCACUUGCCUUUCUUUCUAGUACCCUAGAAAGAAAGGCAAGAGAAAAGAGACCUCGAACUAGAGGUUAUACACGAAUAAAAGAAAAAACAGGAGGAAUGAAAAACCAGAGAGGGGGGUGAAGAAACGCUCAUCUUCAUGCAAUCACGCAUGUACCUACGCCCCCAUCGGAACCAUCCUGUUUCUUCAACAAAUCUCAGGAGACCUACCAGAGGUACGUCACCUUCAAGUUCACCCAGAUCACAGAAGAAACGGCUCCCCUGAAAGGAGAAUCUACGUCCCUGCAGAUCCGUACAUGAACACAUCAAGUGCUCAAUAGUCUCCCCUUUAUCCUCAUCGAGGCAACUCCUACAGAAGUCAUUGUGCAGUAUUCCCAUGAGCGCCGCUAUGCAGCCUAUGACCCCUGUCGAGGUACUCAUCGACCUCUUAUUGAACGUCAGCAACCCCGACGAACACCUUCUGGUGCACUCGUCCGCCCUCUCAUUCCCUGGAAUC